AUGAUCGCCGCUUCUUUUUUGGCAUCUUUCGGCCCGUUUGCAGGCAUUAUUGACAGUACAUCAAAAGCCGAUCAAGCGACUGCAUGCGAUCCAUUCCUCUUGCCAGGCUUUUUAGCACAACUACCUUCCGGCUUGGCAACAUAUCGGACAUACGAUUCUUCUUGCAACGUACAGGGAUAUUUACCGGCUCUAUUGGCAGCCUUGAAAUCAUCACCUUACCAUACAACCGCCUUACCGCCAUCGCAAUUAGUCACAAAAGAAGCGAUUCAGAAUAAGGUUUCAAACAAGACUGUGGUGAUGAUCGGAGAUGAAACAGAUCAUUUCCUGCUACAACAUUUCUGCACUUUGGUAGGCCAAUCUGUCGUAGCUGUUGAUCGUUAUCAUCCUUGGGGAGAAGCUCUAUUAAAGGUUCCAAAAGAACAUGCAAUAAAGCUCACCGAUCACAGUUCAUACAUUAGCACAGAUCCAGGUCAAAAAGCUUUGGCGCAUUAUUGUCAUGUUCCUGAUUUUGACUUUCUGUUGGUUUCAACAUAUCAUUUGGGAGGCGAUAUUGGAGAUAUAUUCCAAGGACUACCUGCAUGGACUGCACCGGGUUUAUUCGAGCAUCGGAUGGAGGAUCUGUAUAUCCCUUUACUCAAUUCUAUGGCUCAAAGUCAUCCAUCUUCACCCAACUUACCACCGCCAAGAUCUCACCCAUGGCCAGAUACAGUAAUCCUAUCGAGCUCGUUCUGGGACCUUGCAAGAUUCGCAACCGAAGACAGUACAAUGAUGCGAAGUCUGGUGGAAGAUUUGAGCGAACACCGGCUAUUCUCUUGGCGAUCAAGAUAUGUGGACAUGCUUACCGGAAUACAAAGUGCAUGGAAAGAGGCAAAAGUUGGUUGGCGUAGCAUACAUGCACCACCGGAUGCAGAGCAAACUACGUUGGAAUGGUGGACAGGAGCACAAACGGAUGAUACUAAAACGACUACCGAUCAUCCUUUGUUCCAUAUGAACAGAAUCAUGGCAUUAAACUUGGCAAGAAAGUCUGUAUUAUAUCCAACCGGGGAUGAUAUCGUAAAGGGAAGGCGAAAUCGAAGUGCAAGAUUAACAAAAGGAAGUGUAGUGGAUAUGGAUUGGGGAACGUUGAUGAUCGGUCAAGAUCAUCAUCAGGUAGAUCGAUUACACCCUGGUCUAUCACCAGGAGGAAGCCUGUUUGUGGAGAUGUUACUUCAACAAAUGCUUUAG